AUAGCCUAUGACCCUCGCCGCCCAUGACCGGUGACUUCUGAAUUCCAACGGUUCUGCUUUUCCGAGAUGUUUGACGACUUGGAUACCUCCUCGCCAUCUGGUGCGCUCGUCGCGGUCAACCCAGCGGGCCCAGAAUGGCAGCCCAUCCUCCACGUCUCGAACCAGAUUGUGCUCUACAACCCGACCUCCCAUGCGCUCUCUAUCCAGAGACACUCGCCGCCCCCUUCAGGAACUUUAGCACGAAGACACGUGCGCUGUCCUUACUGUCACCGCUCUAUAACGCCGGACAACAGGAGACAUCCUGCCGACAACAGCGACGACGACCUCGAGGAGAAGAACUUCGAGCGUGCCUCGAACAGGGCUGCCAACUACUUCCAGCUGCUCGAGAUUGCCAAUGAAUCAUCCCGCCCUGCAAGCCCUGCGAGCGGUGGUCCCUCCGCAGCCUCGUCCGCAGGUCGAGGCACAUUUCGCGCGGAGAACAUGGCGGAGGGAUACUUCAAGGCCUUCUUUCAGGAGGUGUGCAGAUUGGGCAUGGGUGCAAACGGCAGCGUGUACUUGUGUCAGCACGUUUUGGACGGGAACUCUCUUGGCUACUUCGCUGUAAAGAAGGUUGCCGUUGGCCAAUCUCAUUCAUAUCUUUUUAAUACCCUGCGUGAGGUUCGUCUUCUGGAGAAGCUCCACCACCCGAACAUUAUUACCUACCAUCAUGCCUGGCUUGAGCCUUCGCAAUUCUCGUCAUUCGGCCCGAGGGUUCCGACGUUGCACAUCCUCAUGCAAUGGGCCGAGGGGGGCAGUCUGGAUGAUUUGAUUGACACGCGCCUUGGACGUCGCGCUCCGAAUCUUCCUCACUUCAAGUCGUCGCAAGGGUCAUCCGGCGGCAUUUCCGUUCCUCACUCUCCGGCCGACACCCCUGAACCUGGUGUUGACCAACCCUACUCCCGUAAUGCACGCAUCCGCGCGUUUCGUGCCGUACAGCGUGCACCGCCUGAGGAACGUGAACGACUCCGCCGGGAGAUGGGCCUUCAUGGCAAUGGGUUCACCCCUCAGAAUGGCAGGAAAGCCCCCGCGGACUGGAAAGCCGUCCAUCUCUUGAGUGCGGAGGAGGUCCACGACCUUUUCGAGGAUGUCGUCACAGGUCUCGCUUUUUUGCACGAGAAGUCGAUCUUGCAUCUCGACCUGAAACCCGGCAACGUGCUUCUCACUUGGGACGAGGGUCGGUUAGUACCUCGGGCUAUGCUGUCUGACUUCGGCACGUCACAGGACAUGCUCAACGCCAGGACGCGAUCAGGUAACACCGGAACCCUCGAGUAUUCGGCACCGGAAUCUUUGCCGGAUCCUUCGACCGGCAGGUUGCUCCAAGUUGACUCCAAGGCCGACAUGUGGUCUCUUGGCAUGAUACUGCACAAGCUCUUGUUCUUUCGGCUGCCCUAUCACCACACGUCCGACAACGACGAUGCGAGCCGACCGAAAGAUGGAAGGGACUAUAUGGACAGGCUCGAGGCCGAGAUCCUUGGAUAUCCUGGCUUCAGGUCGUCUUCGAUACUUGCUAGCGGACUUGAGUCUCGGAGAUUGCCGAAGGCAUACCUGCUGUUGCUGGAGACGCUUCUGAACGUCAGACCUGCGGUCCGGCCAUCGUCCGAACGAGUGCUCGGGGUAAUUAAAGAGGGUGGGCUUAAGCCGGUUGCGGUUCUACGAGGGAAUGGAGUGACAUCAACGCUGGCCCUCGCUCGUGCGCAGCAUGUGCGGACAAGUCCCGAGCGUACGCAUCCCGCACUCGUAGAGAGGACGAGCGAUGCUAGCCUCGAGGAGAUCAAGGAUGAAGACGACAGCGCGAUUCGGGAGAAGAAGGGGACAUUCCUUGGUUAUCCUAUACCCGCAUAUCCUAGGAGUGUGCGAGGAUGGUCGGAAGCAGUCCGACGAGGACGGGAAAGGCUGCCCGCGUAUCUGCCAAGGAGAGUCUGGGUCCGGACGCUGAAGUCGUCCGUUCUCGUUGCCAAGGUGCUCACCCUUUCUCGUAUGUGCCCCGACGGUCAGCCGCGGCCGAUUGUCGCGGGCGCUGCCCUCGCCCUUGCAAUCAUGGACACGUGGUUUGAAGGCCUCCAAGCGACGUUGUUAUUCGGUGCCGGCCAUCUUGCUCUACUUUCGUUGGUCUGCACGAAUGCGCGGUGUUGCGAUUAAAGGACGUGAAGGCUCUCCUACGAUCAGACGACCUGGGUGCCGGAUUGCUAGUAAAAGAGUCAUGUCUGGAUCAUGUCGUGGACGGAUAUAUCGCUAUAGCGGACAUUCUACCUUGCCUUCACUCGCGCGUUUAUCGUCAUCAGUUCAGAUACUACCGAAUCUUUUACUGCAUUCUCCAUCCACUCCUGUUCAGCUCUUACGAGACUAGUCGUUUUGUGCACGCAUCAGUCCAACAAUCUAUCACCUCGCUGUUGAAGUACAAGUCAUAUUAGCACCGGCGACCACCACAUGCCCAUAGCAUUCACUUUUG